AUGGGUUUUAGAGAUUUUGACAAAUUUAAUACUGCUUGCCUAGCUAAGCAGAGCUGGCACCUCUUAGUUAAUCCCACUGGUGUAUGGGCUCGAAUUCUCAAAGGCUUAUACUUCCCACAUACCUCUUUCUGGCAAGCUCGAAAGUCUCAAAAGGCCUCUUGGAUUUGGCAGAGUCUCUUGGAGAGUAGGAGGGUUCUUAAAGAAGGUUUUCACUCCAAUAUUAGGGAUGGAAGUAAAACUUUAAUUUGGAAAGAUCCUUGGGUUCCUUCCUUUCCUAACUUCAGAGUUCAUCAGCCUCCUCACUGCCCAACAAAUAUUAAUCUGGUGUCAGAUUUGAUUGACCAUAGAAGAUUGAUAUGGAAGACUACUAAUGGGAGGUAUACUGUCAGAUCAGGUUAUAGGGUGCUUGUAAAAGAAACUAUUGCUUCACAGAACUCUAUUCCGAGGACUUUUAGCUCUACUCCAAUUCAGGUGUGGAAGGGUAUUUGGAAAUUAGAUAUUCAACCAAAAGUUAAAAACUUCAUAUGGAAGUCCAUGCAUAAUGCUAUCUCAGUUCGAAUGAAUCUCAGAAGGCAUGGGAUGCGCACCAAUCCUAUGUGCCUAGUUUGUAACACGGAGGAGGAGACAUUAGAGCAUACGCUUUUUUGGUGUGAUCAUGCAAGGGCAACAUGGUUUCUACGCCCUUGUAGCUACAAGCUAAAUCCCAUUGGCUUUUCCUCCAUCAGAGAGUGGUGGACCAAGUUGUUCCAAGAGGUAUUAAUAGGCCACUUAUCUCCAGAAUUGUUGAAGUAUGCAGCUAUAACAUGUUGGCAAAUUUGGAAGGACAGAAACAACAUGGUAUUUAAUUCGAUUGUGCCAAAUCCUCUUUCUACCUUAAAGAGAAUCCUUCUUGAUAUUCAAGAGUUAGAGAUGGAGGGCAAACUCUCCACUAGUUGUGGUGCAGGUCCAAGUCAAAAUUCCACUCCUAUGAAUUGGUCCAAUCCUGAAAGAGGAGUUAUCAAAUUCAAUUGUGAUGUUGCUUGGUCAAUCUCCUCCCCUCUUUCUUCAGUAGCUGUAAUAGCAAGGAACUUCUCAGGCAGAGUAGUUGAUGGGGUUGUUAAGAAAUUCAGGUGCUCUUCCCUUUUGAUUGGUGAAGCUUUUGCUGUGCUGAAGGCUAUUUGGUUAGCUUAUGCUAUGGGUUGUUCUAAUAUAAUUCUAGAAUCAGAUUCCCUUAUCCUCAUAAAAGCAUUAGAAAAUCAAUGUAGCCAUAGCAGCCCUUGGGAAAUUCGAGUUGUUGUCUAG